AGCGAAGCUGCGUUGCUAUCGGCCGGAUAUCCUGGCAUCAACAUCUCGAAUGGAAUCAUGACUUAUGAGACCUCAUCUGCCGUUUCAAUGAAGUAUAAGUCGAUAGAGUCUCAGCUGUCAGUUCUACCGUGACGUCUUGCUCUCUUCCACCCCCAAACAUUCUCUAUCCUUGAUCUUUCAAGUUGCUUCCGAGACCUCACUACUAUCCAUCACAAAUAAAACCUGUCUUGGCUAGAUUGGACUCACGGUACCUAAUACCUACCGGUCCCCUCUCUCCCAUAGACCCACGCCCUCAGAACCAUGUCAUCAAGUCACCACAUGAGCGUCACGGUGAACAACAAACUCAAGGACAAGAACGUUACUUCGGGCUACAUGAACAGAAACAUGAACAGCAACACGAACAACAACAUGAACAUGAACAAGAACAAUAACCCAAACACUCCAAGUCAACAAGCCCUUCCCGAUGAGGAUAUCCGCCUCACCAGUAGCACUAGCAAUAGCACCGAGUGCUGUUCGACUCAUGCUGUCUAUAUAUCAAAGACUCUGUCCGAACCCUUAAGCAUCGCUGGCGACGGCGAUGGGGCCAUGGCCGGGUCGGUCACUGACCCAGACCCGGAUGAGGCGUGGGUUCUCGUGCCGAUACCACUGGAUUUGAGCGGUGUCUUGGCAGGAGUAGGGGCGCGGUUCUCCGGGUGACA